AUGGCCGAUAUGCCGCUGCGCCCCGAGUUCUUCACGCCUACGAACAAGGCGCUCUUGCCCACUGCCCAGAGUAUCGUGGGCAAGUACGUCCCUGCGACAGAUGAUCCGAUCCACGGCGCGCCGCCCGGGUAUGUGCCGGUCAAGCCGAUGACGCCGUCUCGCCUCCUCCGCGUGUACCGGCAGCUGUCCAAGUCGCGGCUCACGUUCCUGGUCGUGCUCUCGGGUAUGAUGGGGUACUCGCUGUGCCCCGCCGCGCUCGCGGCUCCCACGGCUUUGCCGCCUGUCGUCCAGCUGCUCGCCUUGGCGGGAGGCAUCACGCUGUGCUCGACCGCUGCAAACGCCCUCAACCAGAUUGUCGAGGCUCCAUAUGACGCGCAGAUGGCGCGCACCAAGGCGCGGCCGCUCCCGAGGCGCGCGCUAUCCCCGGCCCAUGCCUUCGGCGUAGCGACAGCGAGCGCUGUGAGCGGCGUCACUCUCCUCGCUGCGCUCACGAACCCCCUUACCGCCGCGCUAGGCGCCCUCAAUAUUGCGCUCUAUGCAUUUAUGUACACGCCGAUGAAGCGGCACACCAUCGCCAAUACAUGGAUAGGCGCUGUGGUCGGUGCGCUACCGCCGCUCAUGGGCUGGGCCACCUGUACCGGCACGCUGCACCAUGCCACGGAUGCGUGCGGCUGGAUCCUGGGAGGUAUUCUCUUCGCAUGGCAGUUUCCGCAUUUCAAUGCGCUCUCGCACGCCAUGGGCAACGAAUAUGCGCGCGGCGGCUUCCGCAUGAUGGCCGUGACGAACCCGGCGCUGAAUCGCCGCGUGGCGUUCCGCUAUGCCCUGGCCCUGAUCCCGCUGUGCUCGGUGGCCCUGCCACUCACAGGCACUGUUGAGCCGUGGCCGUAUGCGCUGCUGAGCCUCGUGCCCAAUGUGCUCUUUGCGCUGUACGCUGGGCGCUUCUGGUACCGACCGAGUGAAGGCUCUGCGCGCCGCUGCUUCUGGCUCAGCCUGUUUCAUCUGCCGGCCGUCAUGGUGCUGGCUAUGGCUUGCAAAAAGGAAAUGUGGGAUCGUCUCCGGGCGCCGCCCGCUACGUAG